CUUCGUUCCUGAUAAGCCCCGAGAUAUCUAUCAGUAUCACCGCGGAGCCAAUGGAAACUAUUUGCACCUUUUACCGGCAUUCCCAGAGGUUUCAAGUCUUCUGUUUCUUCUUCUCUCUUUCCUUCGUUUCGCGUGCUAUUUAAAAUAGCAUACCAUAGCCGUCUCUAUUAUUCCCUUAUAUUUUCCAUAUGACAGGAUAUCGGCGCCCGACACAGACGAAAUCCACCCCGAACAACAUGUCUCAAUUGUCCGACAGCAUCGUGGUUGCAGCUAUCCAAGCUGCUCCUGUCUCAUUUGAUUUGCCAAAAAGCAUACAGAAAGUGGCCGAGUUUACCUCGAAAGCAGCAGCAGCAGGAGCUAACCUCGUCGUUUUCCCGGAGGGUUUCCUGUCGGCCUAUCCAUGGAGGUACGCUUUUGAUGCAACAAUUGGCGCGCGAGAGCCUCGAGGCCGCAAGUGGUAUGCUAAAUACUACAACUCAGCUGUUGCCAUUCCUUCGGUAGAAAUGGAUCAGUUAUGUGAGAUAGCCAAGGAAAACAACGUUUACCUUUCAGUGGGAAUUAUAGAAAAAGACGGCGGGACUCUCUACUGCACAGCGUUGCUUCUGGGUCGCGACGGUGCCGUCUUGAGCCGACAUCGCAAAUUGAUCCCAACGGCGGCUGAACGGUUGGUUUGGGGUAGAGGCGCCGGUGACGGGUUGGAUGUCGUCGACACUGAUAUUGGCAAAGUCGGAGGGCUCAUCUGUUGGGAGAAUUACAUGCCUGCUGCGCGCCUGGCAUUGUACCAACAAGGGAUCGAAAUAUACAUCGCCCCCAAUGCCGACGACCUGCCAAGCUGGAUCGCAACAAUGCAGCAUAUUGCGAAAGAAGGGCGAUGCUUUGUUAUUUCAGUAAACCAGUUCUGCAAGGUAUCCGAUUUCCCUUCUGACUACCCCCCUUUUACACCGGAGCACCACGACCGCAAGCCCGAUGGGUCUCGAUGGGAGCCAGACGACAUCCUGAGUCAUGGCGGUUCCUGCGUGGUUGGGCCUCUUGGCACCUUUGUCUCACAGCCAGUGUGGGACAAAGAGGAAAUAAUACUCGCAACGUUGAACAAGUCCGAUAUCGUAGAGGCUCGGUUGGACUUCGACCCUGUCGGUAGCUAUUCACGGCCGGAUAUCUUCUCCUUGACCGUCAACACAAAACCAGGCGUAAAUGUGUCGUUUAAAGAGGCGUAAGUGGGAUCUUAAAUAGAGAACAAAUGGAACUCAGCGCAUUGCAUUUUGACAUUUUCGAAAAUCCAUUUUCAUUGCAAGGGACUAAACGCGGAGGAGUUGAUGCGUGUUCUUAAGUGAGCGAGACUUGGGAAGCGAACGGUAGACUGCAAGCCAGUGAAUCAAGAAAUUGCCAUUGGUAACAAUGGAUAACAAUAAUUUCAUAAUUCCACUUAGUAUGUGAUUGGUCCCAGAGUAUAAGCCGAUGUACAUAUCGAACCUCCUAGAAUUAAAUCUAUCAAGGCA